GCCAGUUCUCGCUGAGUCUCGCCUUGUUGUGGUCAGGCGACCAUUGCUACUCUCGUACAGCCUCUAGGUUUUUCAUUCGAUCUUCCAAUCAGUUCUUCCAGUCAGCCUGAACGAGAUAAAUACGCGAAACACAUCGAAUCUCGCAAGUGUGAUCGAGUAUACAGUGUCUUCACGUCAUUCUGAAGUGUCUCUUAGAAUUAAGAGUCUUUUAUAACGAUUUUGAACGAAAUAUGCAUUUCUCAAGAAGAGGCAAAAACUGAAGAUUCGAAUGCGAAUGUUAUUUAAAACCAAACGUAUUAUAAGGAUUAUCAGCGAUCAUCCAUAAUAAUGGCUAGAGAAGUGGUUCCGCGGAAUAAUAGAGCAAGUAAAAUAAUUAUUAAAAAAUAGACGCAAAAUAUAAACUUUAAAAAUAAAUUGCUCAAGAUAUUAAUUGAAAACAGAAGAAAUAAUGAGUGCAUGUAUAUAAAACAUGUUUAAAACAUUCAAAUAAUCUAAAAAGAUUAAGAAGAUAUAUUCUGAAAAAUCAAACAAAACAGUGAAAAAAGCUGUUCAAAGAUACAUCUCUGAAGAAUUUUUUUCGAUACAGAGAUAUUCUCGAGGAUAAUCGGAUGAGUAAAAUACGAUAUUUUACGCAGCCUAAACAGCCAUUUAAAUAGAAGAAGAAGAGUGAAGUACGAAUAAAGAAGAAUGAUUUAAGCGAAAAAAAAUCAUUCAAAGGUGCUUGUUAGAUGACUUUGCACCGAUCUCAUUUUUCAAAGAGACUUUGUUCGAGGAAAUAGGAGGCAUCAUAUUUUUUGUCGUUAAAAUCUUGCAGAGAUGGAGAGUGCAACGGCACCGAACAUGUUGAUGGAGCUGAAAACGAGAAGACAGACGCAAUUCCAGUCGCAAGCAUCGACUUUGGAUACCAGAAGAAGGCAAGCAGUUUGCGUUAGAAGGGCUUUCAAAAAAUAUGGAUCCAAGAACAAUCCCAAUAUUAUUCUAGAUGGACUCAAUAUGACCGUGCCGAAAGGCACAAUUUAUGGAUUACUUGGUGCGAGUGGUUGCGGGAAGACCACUUUAUUGUCAUGCAUUGUCGGUCGGAGACGCUUGAAUUCCGGCGAAAUCUGGGUGCUGGGGGGUCGACCAGGCUCUAAGGGGUCCGGAGUGCCCGGUCCUCGGGUCGGCUAUAUGCCACAGGAGAUCGCGCUCUAUGGCGAAUUCUCCAUUCGAGAAACAUUCAUCUAUUUCGGUUGGUGCGCCGGCAUGUCCACAGAUCAAGUGAACGAUAAGCUGGAAUUUUUAAUUAAGCUUUUGCAAUUACCGUCGGCAAAUCGUUUCGUCAAAAAUCUAUCCGGUGGCCAGCAAAGAAGAGUAUCUUUCGCAGCUGCCCUUUUAGCCGAUCCUGAACUCUUGAUCUUGGAUGAACCAACAGUUGGAGUGGAUCCUGUUCUCCGGCAGAAUAUCUGGGAUCACUUAGUGCAUAUCACCAAAGACGGUAACAAGACUAUUAUUAUCACCACGCACUACAUCGAGGAGACUAGGCAAGCUGGCAUAAUUGGCUUAAUGAGAAGCGGCAAAUUUUUGGCGGAGGAAUCGCCGAGGAAGUUAAUGGAGAUGCAUCGGCUGGAUACCUUGGAAGAGGUUUUCCUAAAACUGAGUAAAAGACAGAAUUUAGGAUUAAAGAGGCGAAGCAGUAUUUUGAGCAAUUUGACGGGUGUCCCACCGGAAGACGACAUGGAUGACGAAAUGAGUGGCGAGUUCGGCGACAACGUGAGCGUGUGUAGUCGGAGAAAAAGCGUGGUCAUUACGGAUGAUAACAAUGUGGGGGGAUUGCCUCCGGAAGAAGAAGGUUCUUCCAAAUUUACUAUGCUCGAUCCGAUGCAUAUGCAGGCCCUUAUCUGGAAAAACCUCUUGUGGAUGUGGCGAAAUGUCGGAAUGAUGUUGUUCAUCAUUGCCCUGCCGGUCGUCCAGAUAAUCCUCUUCUGCCUUUCCAUCGGUAAGAAUCCCGUAGGUCUAAAAAUGGCUAUCGUUAACAACGAACUCAACAGCAGCAUGCAACCUUGUAUUGCCACAACCGGAUGCGAUUGGUCACUACUGAGUUGUCGUUAUCUUCAGCAUCUGCAGAAGAAGAAUAUAAACUUGUUACCUUACGAUAACGACGAAGAAGCUAGCAAUGCAGUGAAACACGGCUGGGCAUGGGGCGCUAUAACGUUUUCGUCGAAUUAUUCCGACGCUCUCAUGGCGAGGAUAGAUUACGGCAGAAAUGCCGAGGAUUGGGACAUUGAAUACGCAGAAAUGAAAGUCAUUAUGGACAUGUCCAAUCAACAGAUAGGGCAAAUGUUGCAAAGAGAUUUGAUUUACGCCUUUCAAGACUUUGCGAAAGAACUUACUGUGGCUUGUAACUAUAGCGCGAAGGUGACAAGCAUACCUAUAAAUUUUGAAACACCAGUCUAUGGACCUCUGGAACCUAUUUUUACGGAUUUUGCAGCUCCUGGAGUGAUUCUAACAAUCAUUUUUUUCCUCUCGGUCGCAUUGACAUCAGGUUCCAUGUUGCUGGAAAGAAAUGAAGGUCUGCUAGAAAGAACUCUCGUAUCAGGUCUCACUGGCACGGAGAUUCUUUUCGGCCAAGUGAUCACGCAAUUUAUGGUGGUGUUCGGACAAAGCGUAAUGGUCCUCAUAGUCUCAUUCCUCAUCUUCAAGAUCACUUGCGCAGGCGAUAUAGGCUGGAUCACUACUUUGACUGUUCUCACAGGUCUUUGCGGCAUGUGUUUCGGAUUUGUCAUCGCCUGUUUCUGCGAAAAUGAAAGAAGCGCUACAUAUGUGGCUAUGGGCUCCUUCCUUCCAAUUGUGAUGCUGUGCGGCAUCAUUUGGCCUAUAGAAGGCAUACAUCCUGUUCUAAAGUAUAUUAGUUUUCUGUUACCUCUGACAAAAAGCACAGAAUCGAUGAGAUCAAUGCUAACCAGAGGUUGGCCGAUAUCGGAACCUACGAUAUAUUACGGCUUUAUCGCAACCUUCAUUUGGAUCAGUAUUUUUAUGAGCUUGUCGAUAUUGCUGCUUAAAUUCAAAAAGGGUUAACUUGGAGUAAGGGAAGGAUAGUUUUACAGAUAUAGAAAGAAACAAACUAAAUAUUUUUCUGUAAAUUGUAAUAUUAUAUAGAAUUAAGAGAUUAUAUAGAAAUAAAUAAUGAAAAAAAUUGUUAUAUAUAUAUAUAUAUAUAUAUAUAUAUAUAUUAUAUAAUAAAAUUAUAUGAAUAAAAACAUAUCUAGACGAUAUGAAUAAAAAUAUAUCUUUCAAUUCCAUUUUAUAAUUUGAUAUUUUUAUAAAUUAAUAUUGUAUUUUAAAUUCGAGAAUAUAUAUAUAUAUAUAUAUAUAUAUAUAUAUAUAUAUAUAAAGUUAAUUUAUAUUUAAAAUCAAAUUUAAAUUUAUUUAUAUAAAAAUUAUCCAAGAACACACAAAAAUAUUACAUUGCUAUAUAAUUCCCAUCCUAUGUAUCAAAAUAAUAUAAUUAUAUAAUAUAGUUUAGUAUAAAAAAUAGAACAAGUUACUACAUGGCUAUUUGCCGAUAAAAAAGACAGAAGACUUGCAACCAGUUGUACAAAGUGAAUAUUGCUUGCAAUAUUUCAUUGCGUUUUAUGUGCAAACCGUCCAGAAAGAAUCUCACAAGAAAGAUAAUAAUCUCAACGAUGAUGACGCAAAGUUGCAUCAACAACCAGGGCGUGUGUAGCAUUGGGUAUUCCUGCUAAAGCAAAGCUGCAUAUUUUAGAUAUAGAAGAAAUAAAGUUGUUUAAUGAAUUCAAAA